CCCGACAAUGUUUUUUUAAAAACAGUCAAUGAUCUAACGGAAAGUGUUAUUCACUCUCAUCGACGAUUAAUUCAUGUACGAAGAUUUACCUCUGUUCAUUAAGUAAACGGCGAGGAAAGUAAUUCUCUGACAUGAGGGGCACAGGCGUCUUUUCCACCUUGGGUAUUCUCUGUGUUGUUUUGUCACUUAAACGUUGUAACGCUAACAAGACAGAGCUCAUAAUUGGAUCGCUGGAAAUAAGCGAGGAUAAAGACAGAGGGGUUCAACUUGGAAUCACACACGCCAUCCACGUCGCUAAAAACUCUUCGAGCUUGAAAGAUUUCCUCAAAAAGUAUGAAAUAAGGAUCGUUUCUUAUCAUACCAGAGGAGAUGUAACAUCAAGUAUUAAUUCCGCCACUCAUGCCUUAAGGUACAGGAAGGGCGGAUUCCCUUUGCUUCUGCUCGGACCUCAAACCUCUUCUGAGGCCUCCACGGUUCUUAAGAUCGCAAGAUAUUACCGAAAGUUAAUGGUUACGUAUCUGACGACAACUAACGAUGACAGCGAGAGAAGGGAUCCAUACGGAUUCACAUUCGCUCCAACACAACUUACCUACAUCAAAACUGUUUUAAAGAUAAUGAAUCACUUUAAAUGGAAAAGAUUCGCGAUUGUUUAUGAUUUCCUGGAGACGCAAGGUCUUUAUGUUAAGAAUGUUGAAAGCCUUAUGAUGAACACUGACUCUACGAUAAUUGGCCAUGAAGCGAUAAAUACUGGUGAAGUUAAUUAUAGAAGCAGAAACCAGGAUACCCAAGACAAGCUUAGAAAACUAAAGGAUUCAGAUUCCAAAAUAUUCUAUGGGGCAUUCAGCAGCAGAGGAGCGUCGCUGGUAUUUUGCGAGGUAUUCAAAAUGGGUUUGUUUGGACCAGAGUUUGUUUGGAUCUUGCACCCGAAUGCUGGAAACAUCGACCUUUGGGUUCGCAGCGCCGAGAUUGAAAGAAGAAAGAACCGGUCUGGCCUUUGUAGCAGAGAACAAUACCAACAAGUAGCAGAAAGAAUUUUCAUACUCGACAAAAAGAUCGUAUAUCGCAGUGAUGAGAAUACAACUACUGCUUCAGGCUUGACUGACAGAUGA